UUGUGAUCACCUCCAAAUUUUCGUGGCGAAGUGGUUUCUGAGGGAAAUGCUGUUGGUUGUAAUCCUCUCUCUCUCUCUCUCUCUCGUUUCAGCGAGACAGUGAGGCCAAAUUAAGACCAGCUGCUUCAGCAACCAUAUUUUAUGCCUAGUUGGGGCUGUUUGAUCUGCUCAAAUGGAUGAUAAGUAUGAGCUGAUAGAGCAUAUUGGGAAAGGUGGCUUUGGUAAGGUCUACAAGUGCCGUGACUCGUUGACCAAUAAGACUCUAGCUCUGAAGAGAAUUUUUAUUGGAGAUGAGAAUGGAGUGCCUAGCUCAGUGAUAAGAGAAGUUUCUCUUUUGAAGGAACUGGAUCACAUUAACAUAGUCAGGUUGCUGGAUGUACUGAAUGAUUCAGAAUGUGUUGAUCUUGUGUUCGAGUGCCUAGACCUGGACUUAAAACAAUUCAUUGAUUCUUAUCCAAAGAUUGCAAAUAAUCCUUGCAUGAUAAAGAGCUUUAUGUAUCAGAUUCUCUGUGGACUAAGCUACUGCCAUUCUCACAAAAUUUUGCAUCGAGAUCUUAAACCUCGAAAUUUGUUGGUGGAUCUGAACAACAAAAUAGUGAAGCUUGCUGACUUUGGACUGGCCAGACCAUUUGGUGUUCCUCUCAGGACUUAUACUGGAACUGUGGCAACUCUACCAUACAGAGCACCGGAGCUCCUGCUUGGUUUGGAAUACUCUGCUCCAGUUGAUGUCUGGUCAGCCGGCUGCAUAUUUGCCGAGAUGGUGGCCCAACAGCCUCUGUUCGGCAGAAAUUGCGAAGUUAACAUAAUGCUGGACAUGUUCAGCAUAUUCGGACUCCCAGAUGAAGCAACAUGGCCUGGAGUUACUUCACAAUGUGAUUUCAUUUCCACGAUGGCUGAGAUGCAGUUCUGCUGGAAUACGAAAAAUCUUGCAGACUCUGUCCCUGGUCUCGAACCUGCUGGGUUGGAUCUCCUUUCUAAAAUGCUGUGCAUGAAUCCAAGCCGAAGGAUUACGGCUCAGGAGGCGCUCAAGCAUCCAUACUUCAGAAAUCUUAAAGCCAGGCCUUGAACUUGAUUUUGCCCAUCCAUCUUCCUAUAUGCCUUCCAUAGAAAUAUUCAUGGAUAUAUUAACUUGGUUAAAUAGGUAUAGGCUUGGGAUAAGAGUUCUUGCCUCCCAUUAUUGUCAUAUUACCCCCAUUGAAUUUGGUUCUGUACUAACUUUGAAUCUCUCUCACACAAGUAAACAAUAUGUUUCGUAUAGAACUUGUAUAUCGAAAUAUUAUAACUGAUUUGCU